CCCGCUCGGCGACGCGCUCCAAGUGACUGGCGGCCAACGUUACGAAUUGAACGGCCAAGACUGUGAUUACUUGGGUGUUCUAGGCUUGUGAUCGUGCCUGUUGCCCCGGAUUUCUCGAUAGCGCAACGGCGGAUCCGGUGCCGGGCAGCUUCCCUAUUUCGCGAUGCCGUCGAUACUAAGUGACGACGACCGCGAGACCGUCAAACGCUUCGUGCCGAAGCAGACCAACAAAAUCCAUGCUGUCGCGGUAGCUCGGCUCUACAUAGCCUACCCAAACCGAUCAAAAUGGACUUAUACGGGCUUGCAAGGUGCUAUCGUGUUGGCCAACGACCUCGUCGGCAACACGUACUGGAUCAAGAUGGUGGACAUUUCGCCAGGAAACCGGGGAGUGAUCUGGGACCAGGAGAUCUUUGAGAACUGGAGCUACAAUCAAGACCGUGUUUUCUUCCAUACCUUCGAGCUGGAAGAAUGCUUGGCUGGAUUGUCCUUCGUCGACGAGAAGGAGGCAAAACAGUUCCUGAAGAAGAUGAACGACAGGGAAAAGAAUGCGAGCAAGGCGACCCAAAAGACUAAAUUUGGAGGAGCCGCGCCGGCGAGCCACCACAAGCAUCAUCACGGAUUCUUGGGAGGCCUCUUUGGAAGCCAUCGACACUCUUCAGCUCCUACGCCGCCCGAAUCACCACGCGUGCCCGCCCCAACACGGAACCACCGGUCUGGGAGUUUGAACGGACCCCACGAGCUAGCGGACUCGUCGGGCUUCGAGAAACUGGAUGCCUUCGAUCCGCAAUGGAGGGAGCACUUUGGAGAGGAUCUGAAAUCCAAGGGCUUGACGGACGACUUUAUCCGUGAAAAUCAAGACUUCAUUGUCGAUUUCCUCAAACAGGAACAAGCGGCACAGGCCAAUCAGUCAGAGUCGAACCCUCCUCCGCCCCCGCCGCCUCCAGUUAACGGGUCCGGAACCGGACUGAGAGCACCACCGCCUCCUCCGCCCGCGGCACCGCAUCGUCCGGUCUCCGAGACAAUCUCAGCACCGUCCCCCCCGAAACGGGGGCCAGCUCCUCCACCGCCCCCGGCGCCGAGAAGGUCGGCCAACCAUAUCUCAGCACAGCCCGAACCAUCACCUUCCCGAGAUUCGCCUCCGCCUCCAGCUCGGCCGAGGUUUGCGGUUCCUCCGCCUCUACCGGAAGCUGGCAAGUUUGCGCGUUCGGAUCCGCCUCGCGCUGUGCCAUCACCUCCGGCCCCUGGUCCCCCACCUCCGCCUCGGCCGCCUAAGACGCCUAUGGAGAACGCGGAGCCGGCACAGCGGUUCAACGUUCCUCCGCCAUUUCCCGGGCAACGGAAUGUGCCACCCCCGCCGCCCAGUCGUGGUGCCGUUCCCCCUCCCCCGCCAUCCCGGGACGCUGUCCAAGCACACUCCCCGGCUGCUCCCCCUCCGCUACCUCCCAAGGCUCCUGCUGCAAGCGCCCCGCCACUUCCGCCGUCAAGCUCACGGCCCCCUCCUUCACUACCGGCUAGAAGCCCAGUUCCGCCACCACCAGCGCACCCGCCGUUGCCCUCAUCGCAUGCGCCCCCUGCCCCCCCUCUGCCUGCCUCGGGAGCACCACCCGCUCCGCCCCCGCCUCCACCGUUGCCUUCGUCGAAUGCUCCUCCUCCGCCGGCGCCCCCUUUAACCCCAAUGUCUGGUGGCGCACCACCACCGCCGCGUCCGCCCCCCGGACCCGGCGUCAGCGGCAUUCCACCACCACCUCCUCCACCUCCACCGCCUGGAGCUGGUGUUCCUCCACCACCACCUCCUCCCCCUCCUCCGAACCGCGAUUCUGGCUACUCGUCAAGUGCUCCCACUGCCGCUUUGCCAGCACCCGACUCGAGCCGCGCGGCGGUGCUUGACAGCAUCCGGGGGGCGGGCGGUAUUGCCGCGCUCAAGAAAGUGGACCGCAGCCAGAUCCGCGACCGAAGUGCAGCCAUGGUUCCUGGCGGAGGCAACGAUACCGGACCGCACGGGAGCGGACUGCCGCCUGCGGGUGUCGCUCCCGGAGGCGGCGGCGGAGGUAUGGCUGAUGCGCUGGCUGCGGCCCUACAGAAGCGGAAGGAGAAGGUCAGCCGCAGUGAUGACGAGGACGAUGAUGAUGACUGGUGAUGUUGCGGCUCAACACUGAUGCUGGCCGUCUUCUAGGGCCCUGCUGUGUUGAGGAUGACUAGCUGACCAGCCUCCAAAAUGCAAAAUGGGGUCACUUUGCGGGAAAGACAGGGCCGAAUGGGAAAGACAAAUCAACCCAGAGCAUGGGAGAAUGAGAACCCCGAUAGGUGUGUAGAGGAGUUUAUAGGGCUGGCAAAUGGUCUUGGUAUCUUUGGUUCCCCCCUAGUACUGGUGUCCUGCUUGCCAAAGGGUGCUUGUCCUGGGCAAGAAGGCCGGUACUCUACUAUUCUUCAUAGACAGUUAUAACCCGUUAUAACCCGAGAUGCAGAGGUUUCAAAAGGUCGAUGAUGCCUGAAUCGCGAAUCCCAUAGCUCUAGGCCUUUCCUGUGUAAGUGUGACAAGAAAUUUGGCAGGUGAUGAUGCUUGAUGCUUGGACGCAUCACAUGGGAGGAUUCAUU